UCGAGCCAGACAUGGUCGUGGGGAGAGAGUCAGUCUCUGCAUAGUCUCAGUGUAUAGUUACUUAUAUUACUUGUAGGGUAUUCUGCGAAUAUACGGCGGACUCUUCGACCUAGCAGUUAGUCAGGCUACGCUGCGCAGCUAGCUUGGUGUGUCUGCGUUAUCAAAGCGCAUAACCUUUAAGUUUGCAAAUAAACUGCGCACGCCGAGGGACAUUAUUGUUGUUGUUUUGUGAUAUUGUUGUUGCUGCAUGCCGAGUGCAGAGGUACAUAACGUAUAAAACCCAAAUAAUGGAUCAAGUGGGUCGUGCAAAUCUGAUGAGCGCUGAAAGUGCGCCCAACUUCGUCUCGACUACGGACUUUAACGAUGAUAUUGUUAUUAAACAAGAACCUCAGGACCCUAUUCCUGAUGGCCCGUUUCUUAACGUUGCCCUUCACGAGAAUGAAGGAGUUAUGGAUUAUUCCGAAAUGGACGAAGAAGAAUUACCUCCGGAAAAACAUUAUCAAGAAGUUGAUGAGAGCAUUUUGUGUCGAGCUGUUUCACCACCUGCUUACAAUGAGGAUGAAUUAAUGGCACUGUAUAAGAAUAAAUACAACUUGAAAAAUGUCUACGUUAAGCUUGAAAAAUGUGAUCGAAUUUGGGAAACAUUGAAAAUCAUCAAAAGGUGUAAAGGAUCUGAUACAAGUGUCAGAAGUUCAAUUCAUAGUGAAAGUUCAAUGCUCUCAUCAAUACCUUCAUCUGAUGAAAUUGCAGUAUAUGAAAGAAAAAAAGGUAGAAAAAUGAAUAAUUCAGUUCCUGAUUUUAGAUACACACAGAAAGGACAUACAAAAUUGUUUCAUUGUGUAACAUGUGACAAAAACUUUCAAAGUCCAGAAUUACUGCAUGAUCAUGCACAAAAGAUGCAUGGAGUAUAUGUGGUUCCCAAAAGAAGAUAUGAUCUUAACCCAAGAGAAUCUGGAUUACAAGAAAAUAAAACUCAAGUCAAUGAAAAUGAGGAAGAGGAAGAUAAUGUUAUGAAACUUGGACUAGGUUUACGCAAAGUAACUGCCGCAAAUGUGCUACCAUCUAGCACAUCAAACAGUAAUUUAAAAAAAAUUAAAGAAACCUCUAAUGAUAAAGUAAUUUCUCGUGGCAAACCAAGAAUUAAAUGUGUACUAUGCAAAAGAAUAACUACUGACAUUUUGAAUCACAUGAAAGGCUAUCAUAAAGUUGGAUGUCUUAGUUCAAUAAUAGCCCAGUGCGAAACUUUAGAUGACACUCCUGUUGAAGAAACACCAACUGAAAUACAAACUGAAACUCAAAGUAUAAAUCCAAAUUCUAGUACAUCACAACCCAUUAAAAAAAGGAAGCGAAAUUUUACUAAUUGGACAGUGCAAAAGAAAAAGCGAGGUUUAGAAAACCGCUUUACACAGUUAAACAACUUUGACCGUUUUAAACCCAAAUUAACGAUGUCUAGAACUUUCAACAAUACUAAUUUGUUAAGGAAUACAUUGAAAACAUCAUUGACGUGUAAUGUCUGUCAUGGAGUUUAUAAAACCAGGAAAACUCUCAACUAUCAUAAAUCUUUACAUAGAAAACGCGGUGAAACUCCUGAAAGUUUUGAUCCAUCAAGAUGUCGAUUUUUAAAUUCACCAUUACGUAAAGCAAAAACUUCCGAACCCAGUACCUUAUUGGUAUCAAACAACAUUUUUAAACCUAAAGUUAAAAUUGAUCAAAACAAAACCAAUGAUGUAAAUCUAAUUGAAAAUGAUACGCAAAAUACUGUCUGUGUAUGUGGAAGGACUUUCAGAAACAGUCAUACAUUGCGGAUGCAUAAAGUCACUUGUAAAAGUAGUGGUAAUGAUUCUGAUUUAGCCAAUGGAAUAAAUAUUAAAAUAAAAAAAAAUAAACAUGAUUCUUAUGUAGUUGUGCCAAGUUCGUCUUCAACGCCAGUGGAUGAAAUUCUUAAGGAAUCUAGAACUUCAAAAGAUAGCGAUGCAUCAUCAAAUGAUUCAGGAAUGGCUUCAGUGGAAGAAUAUCAAAAGUCUAAAUCCCAAAAAGUUAUAGUUAUGAAACAGACAGAAGAUGACGAAGAAAUUGAUAUUGAAGACGUUGAGGUCGAUUCAAAUUAUAGUAAUUUAACUGACAGUAAAGAAUCAAAUUCUAAAACUUUAGGAGGUAAAAUUGAGGAUAAUUCUUCUGUACCAACUUUGAGCAAUUUGUGCAAGAAAAUUCUGUCUUCUGAAAAAGGAGUGGAACAUGAUUUAGCUUAUUUGAGAAGCAUAAUUAAAAGCAUUUGCCCAUGCGGUAAAAAAUUCAAAAAUUUCAAAUAUUUUAAUAUUCACGUAAAAAAGUUCCAUCCUCUUUUGCCAAAAUGUGGUUAUUGCGAUACUAAUUUUGAUAAAAUUGAAAAAUACAUUUAUCAUAGGUGUAUAGUGAUGCAAGGGAAACCAUUUAUUGAACCGAUCAUACAAACUGUAUGUUUAAAAUGUGAAGCAUCUGUUGAUAUUGAAGAACCAUUUGAUAAACACAUGAAAACCCAUUCUAAUGAUCCAAUUUAUUUUUGUUUUAAAUGUGAAUUAACAUUUGAAAAUAUAAAUGAAAGAAAGUUGCAUUUUGACAAGGAGCAUGGAUUUGCUUUAUGUCGGAUUUGUCAUAAACUUUUACAUAUUGAUUACUUAUCAAGUCAUGAGGCUUAUCAUGAUGGGAUGGGGUAUCCUUGUCACAUUUGUAAAAAAACUUUUUCAGAAAAAGCAUUGCUCCAAAAGCAUAAUAAACACAGCCAUGACCCCAGUGUACAACAGGUUGUACAAUGUGUAUUUUGUCAGAAAAGCUUAAAUUUGAGAUAUCUCAAGAAACACUUGGGCUAUCACUUACACUCUGAAAUGUGUAAAAAAUGCAACAAGUGUUAUAAAAUGUACGAUAGAAAAGAUAUAGAUGAAAAUGCUCUGCAACAAAGUAUUGAAUGUCAAUCAAUAGAAUGUAAUAAUAGUGACCAGGCACCAGUGCAAAUUAAACAAGAAAAUUCGGAAGAUAUUAUUAAAAUAAGAAUCAAUGAAACUACAGUUUCUGAGAACAAAAGUGAAAAUAACAUCACGGAAAAUAUUAGUAAAUCAACUUCCGAUGCAAGUUUAGUUUCUGAACUUCAGGCACCAGAUACUUCUGAGAAUAAAAAUGGUAAAUCGACUGUUUUCGAAAGCGUUGCGUCCAAAAUAAUUGAGAAAGAUAAAUUAGAAGAUGAUCAUCGUGGAUUGAAUGUCACUGAGUCUUUAAACCCGCAAAAAGUUUGCAUAGAUUCAUUAGGAAAUUCUUGUAAAUCGACCAUCAAUGAGCCUGCAUAUGCUAUGGAUAUAGAUCAGAAACAUACGAACGAAAAUGUUUUUAAAGUACCAGAAGUCACAGAUUCAAUCAACACUGAUUUUAAUGUUCCUAUGGAUAUCAACCAAGAGCAAUCAGAGGAAGACUUUUGUCAACCUCUUGAUGUCGAGUCUGUAGUUUCAGGAAAUAUGAUGCAAAAUCAUUUUGAACUAGUGAGUUGUGGAUCUGUUAACGAAACCGAUAUGGAUGCUGAAGCUGUCGUUUUGGAUAAUUUAUUGGAUGAAUUUGUCGACGCUGAUUUUGAUCAUUCAAUUAACAAUUCUGUAAAUGCUUCUAUUGAAAAUAUUCACAUCGAAAAUGUUCGUGGUUUGAAUAAUCAGUAAUUUAUUGUAAACAGUUUUCUUUGUAAUUCAAAAUUUAAUUUUCUAAUUUGUUCACGAUCUUCGGUAAUUAUUUUUAGAAUGAUAAUUGAUAAUUUAUAUAGUAAUAGAGUAGCAACAAGUUUCAUCGUAAGUUAUUAUUUAAUUGAUAAUAAUGUCACGCUUAUGUUUGAAAUCUUAAACGUUGUUUAUGCUAAAUUAGAAUUUACCCAGGUGUAAAUAAGUUUGAAUUUGAGAAUACCUUUUUUUUGUAGAUAUAAGCCAUACAUCACGUAUAUUCAUGACUUUGUAAUUAUUAUAAUGACGUUGUUUCGAAAUGCUGGCUAGUUAAUGAGAUAUUCAAUUGACAAUGUACGACAUGAGUAUAACUUGAAAAUAUAAGGAUGUUUAUAUGUAAAUAAGUAGGUAGGGGUACGUAUUAUUGAAAAGAAAAAAAAAGAAAAAUGAAAAAAAAUCCAAACUAAUGAAGUCGUAAUUGUAUUUACAAUUCAAUUCACGUGAGUUAAUAAAUCCUCGUGCGUAUAAUGCAAAUCCCUUUUAAUUGGACUUGCAAAUCAUGAAUAAAUGAAAAAAUUGGUUUGAAAAUUGAAAGUUUGAACUUGCAAGUUUGAAACUUGAUUAAUACAUUGUACAUAAAAUAGUACGUUUUUAAUAAAAAUCAUGAAACUCAAA